AGGGCCCCAAGUCGGUUAGGACUGGCUCUGAGUCCUACCAACAGCAGCUUUAAAUUCGUGAUGUGAUCAUGGACUGUAUAGAAUAGGAUGUGAUUAUAGGAUGUGAUUUUGGAGCGUGCUUCUUUAAAUCUUUGGUGUGCGUGUCGGUCCGUAGUGGUGACGUGUCUCUAAACUAUCUCCUCCCCCGGUUCCUCCUCUUCUCCUCCCGGUAGCUCAGUAGUGAGUGUGGUCAGACUUACUCAGUUCAGGAACACAGAGGAGCACAGCUUGGACAUCAUGGGCAUCAAAUUCUUGGAGGUAAUAAAGCCAUUCUGUGCAGUGCUGCCAGAAAUCCAAAAACCAGAGAGAAGGAUCCAGUUCAGAGAGAAGGUAUUAUGGACUGCAAUCACUCUUUUCAUCUUCCUGGUCUGUUGCCAGAUCCCUCUCUUCGGCAUCAUGUCAUCAGACUCUGCAGAUCCAUUCUACUGGAUGAGAGUAAUCCUGGCCUCAAACAGAGGUACCCUGAUGGAGCUGGGUAUCUCCCCUAUCGUCACCUCAGGUCUGAUAAUGCAGCUGCUGGCUGGAGCUAAGAUCAUUGAAGUUGGAGACACACCAAAGGACAGAGCCCUCUUUAACGGAGCGCAGAAAUUGUUUGGAAUGAUCAUCACUAUUGGUCAGGCAAUUGUGUAUGUGAUGACCGGCAUGUAUGGUGACCCCUCAGAGAUGGGUGCAGGGAUCUGUCUGCUCAUCAUCAUUCAGCUCUUUGUUGCUGGGCUGAUUGUCCUGCUGCUGGAUGAGUUGCUCCAGAAGGGUUACGGUCUUGGUUCAGGUAUCUCACUCUUCAUUGCCACCAACAUCUGUGAGACGAUCGUGUGGAAGGCCUUCAGCCCCACAACAGUGAACACCGGAAGAGGUACAGAGUUUGAGGGAGCAAUCAUCGCCCUCUUCCACCUGCUGGCCACUCGUACAGACAAAGUGCGUGCAUUGAGAGAGGCCUUCUACAGACAGAACCUGCCCAACCUCAUGAACCUCAUAGCCACUGUGUUCGUUUUCGCUGUAGUGAUAUACUUUCAGGGAUUCAGGGUUGAUCUGCCCAUCAAGUCAGCACGCUACCGUGGCCAAUACAACACCUACCCCAUCAAGCUCUUCUACACCUCCAACAUCCCCAUCAUCCUUCAGUCUGCUCUGGUCUCCAACUUGUAUGUUAUCUCCCAGAUGCUUUCCACACGCUUCAGUGGCAACUUCCUGGUUAAUCUGCUUGGGACUUGGUCUGACACAUCAACAGGUGGUCCAGCCCGUGCCUAUCCUGUAGGUGGACUCUGCUACUACCUCUCCCCUCCUGAGUCGUUUACCUCAGUUCUGGACGACCCGGUCCACGCAGCCAUCUACAUUGUCUUCAUGCUUGGAUCAUGUGCCUUUUUCUCCAAAACCUGGAUUGAGGUUUCAGGCUCCUCUGCAAAAGAUGUGGCCAAGCAGCUGAAGGAGCAGCAGAUGGUGAUGCGGGGACACAGAGAAACCUCUAUGGUUCAUGAACUGAACAGGUACAUUCCUACAGCUGCUGCCUUUGGAGGACUGUGUAUAGGUGGUCUAUCAGUGAUGGCAGACUUCCUGGGAGCCAUUGGCUCUGGAACUGGUAUCCUGCUGGCUGUCACCAUCAUCUAUCAGUACUUUGAGAUCUUCGUGAAAGAACAGAGUGAAGUGGGCAGCAUGGGGGCCCUGCUCUUCUAGAAAUGAACAGUAUCAUUUCACCUUUAUAAACUUUAUAAGAAUGACCAACAUUGCAUUUGUUUUACAUCCACGUGAAGCCCCAGCAUCGCCGGAUAUCAUGUUCAAGGGCAGUUGAAGAGUCUUUGGGGAUCUCACCUAUAACAGGAGCUGCACAGCGUAUUGCUCCUCCACCAAUCUUCCAUUGUAACACAGAGACUGACAUUUCAGUACAUCAGAUUUACUGUCUGACUUGAUCUCCCUGAGAUUCAUGUUAUGGCUUCCUCUCCUCUGCUCUGCAUGAAAUGAAGUCCCUUUGGAGUUUGGUCUUUUUUCCAGACUGACAAUAGAGCGCUUCAGUAUGCAGGCAUACUCGACACAGAGGACGGACGUCAACUGCCUGCGUUGUGCAUAAAAAACAUUUGAUGUUCUGCUUGGUGUUAUCUUAGUUUAUACUUUUACUGUCAUCUUUGGUAUGUUUUCCUCUGCACCAACCAAUUAGGUGUGGACCAUCAAACGCUGAGUUAAAAACUGUCAUUUUCCUGAUGUGUGACCCUGUGUCAUGGCUGAUAUUUGAACAGGGUCUUGUAAGAAGAGAAAGUGGUGCUCACUUUAAUCCAACUGUCAAAAGAAGUCAUUAUUUUUGUAAACCGUCAUCUGAUAAAAGAUUGAUAGGUAAAGGGUCCCCCCUGUUUUAAUGUAUGGCAUUUCCCAGGGGAUGCAGUAUUAACUCAAGUCUCGUUUUAUUUUUGAUACCCUAAUCCUGAAUUUUUUUUGUUUUUUAAUUAUUUGCUCUAUAUGUGCUGGCAUUAAUUGCCCUCCAUACCUGACAAAUUGUGAUUUUCUGUACAUAGGCCACAGAUUAAAUAUCUUUGAAUUUGUCAUAAGUGUAAGAUAAAAGCUUUUGAAUACUUAAAGUAAUGCAUUUCAGAACAAACUUCAAGAAAAAACAUUCACAGUAAAGCCUUUUGUGAACAAGGGUU